AUGCUUCCAAAGCAGUGGCUUCUGAGUGAAAACGGGAACAAUGACUUCCAAGUGCACCAGGGCAGCCUAGCAGGAAGCACAGAGACCAAAGCCCAGGUCCUUUCUGGAGAUUCUGAAACCAAACCUUUGGUCUUCACAUUUGUUCCAACUAUACGAAGACUGCCAACUCACAGUCAGGUUGCUGAUACUACUAAAUGCCUUGUUAAAAUUGGUGAAGAACCAAGAGAUAAGAGCCAAGGAGCAAUAAAUAGGUCUAAUUCCAAUGAAUUCUUGGACCGUGCGACUUUGAAAAGUGGAAUCCAACAGGAGAGUCAUAUCCAGACAUACAUAUGUUCUACAGAAACUAAUCAAAAGAUUAUCCAAGGGAGAGGGCUUAAAUUGAAUCAACCGGAAACCAUGCAACAGAGUGACCUUUUCAAAGCAGAAUAUGUCUUUAUUGUGGACUCUGAAGGGGAAGAAGAAGCCAUAUGCAGAAAGGAGGACAAACAGCCCACUGUGGGGAAUGGUCAUGGGUUGGCAAGACCCAAGUCCCUCGCUCUAGCCCCAGGGCCCAUCACUACACUGCAGAAACCACACCAAGGCGACUUCCAAGGUCCACGACAAACCGAUCGUCCUCACGAUGCAUCCAAUCCACAAAAACAAAUACAGUUAACUUCUUCUCCCUCUACUACCUCUGAUCAGCUCUCCUGUAAAUCACCUGCUCUCUUUGUUUCACCAACUAAUCUGAAAGCACAAUCUGACAUGGUUAGCCUGCACCAAGCUUCUCUCCUGGAAGAAAUCCAUACUCGGAGGGUGGAUCCACGUGGGUCAUCCAUGCAAGAGACGUCUACAUAUUUUCAAAGGACCACUCAUUCUUCCCCUUGUUUUGCACCAGAGGAAGUAACUUUAGAGCAAAAGAGCACUCAGAUCUUAGAUUCUAAACAGCUAAAAAAUAUGUCUAGCCCAACCUUAGCUCAUCAAAAGGAUGGAUUGUGGUCAGAAGCUUUAAGCAAGAAUCCAACUUCCCCCUCAACUUUUAUCAGCUCAAGUGGAAGCCAGAGCUUCACUGCUGAGCUACCAGGCUCAUCUACUCCCAAGUCAGAUUCAUCAUCAUAUAUACCCGUUCGUAUCAUCACACAUUCAUUAUCCCCAAGUCCUAAACCAUUGAAUUCCACUUUCUAUGGCUCCUCUUCGACUCUUUGUAGUCAAGCUUCAUCUAGUGGAAAUCUGGCAAAGUCAGGUGUUAAGUCCCCAGUACCAACCCGACUUUCCCUUCUGACUGCUAUUUUAAAGUCAAACCCUCCUCAUGGAAGACCCUUUUCUCCUGUAUCUUGUCCCACCUUCUCUUCCAACUCCCUAACUUCAUCCACACUCACACUGGAUCAAAAGGUGAAGAGAACCCCACCUACUCCUAAGAAAUCUUACUCUAGUUUCUCCCUCAGGGAAGAAUCUCCUGAUCUAGGGGAACACCAGUCUACUGAAGUCGCUCAUCACUCUCCUUUUUUCACCCAGAUUAGUCCUGCCUCAGAGGAAGCUUCCCUUUCCUAUAAAAAGCCCUCCAGUGGCAGUCCACUUACUCCUAAAUUAGAGAAAGCUCCUUCAUCCCCUGUUUCUCCCAAGAGAAAUAGGAUCCCACCACAAUUACAAAGCAAAAUACUAAACUCAUCAACCCUACCCCCUAUUCCACCAUGUUCUUCUGCUGUCUCCCUUAAUAAAGGCAACCAGGAUGUCGACUCCAAAGGUUUAGCUCCUGAAAAACCCAAGAGGGUUCAUACAUACUCAUCCACUUCGUCCUCUUCUGUCUUUGUUUCUGACACUGCCAGCCAAGGAAACGCUCUGUCUUUCCCAAAGGAGUAUCCCUCUCCAACAAGUCCUUUAUAUCGGACAUGCCAGUCACAAGUAGCUUCAUCAGAGUUAUUAGCUAAGGAAAAGAAUUUUGUAUCUGCUAUUUCUCCAAGCAUUUCUAUUCCCAGUUCUCUCUCUCAUUCUAGUUUAGGGUCUUCCAUUCAUCCUCUUGAUAAUAUUCAUUCCCACACAAUUCAGCCAAUUUCAUCUCUGCACCCAAAUUAUCAAUUCAGUACCUUACCCAUAAGACCUGCCGUGUCCCCUGAAGCCACAGUAACACAUACUAGAUCCCCUGUCUCAAGCCCAGCACCUCCCACAUCCCUAAUAAGAGCCAAGGAGUCAACUUCAACACAAUCUUUGUCCUUGCCUUCAGACCUUGAAAAUAAGAAAACCAAGCAAUACAAGAUCAAGUCCAGCUACAAGGCCUUCGCAGCAAUCCCUACAAACACAUUACUUUUGGAACAGAAGGCACUAGAUGAACCUUCCAAGUCAGAAAGGAUCACCAAGGACAGCACAUUCGAUUCACAUCUGGAGUUCUGUUCCCCCGCACAGCUCAGGCAGCAAACUGAAGAGCUCUGUGCUGCCAUUGAUAAGGUCUUACAGGAAUCCUUGUCCAUGCAUUCUUCAGAUUUUCCUUCAAGUUCCAUGCAAACAGGACUGGGUUCUGAUGGAAAUAAAAUGUCUGCAACUCUUCCAAGAGCAGCUGGUCGAGAAACAAAAUAUGCAAAUCUCUCCUCUCCAUCAUCUACAAUGGCUGUGAGUCAACUGACAAAACCUGGGGUAAUUCGUCCAGUUCCAGUAAAAUCCAAAAUAAUAUUGAGGAAAGAAGAGGAGGAGACUUAUGAGCCAAACCCCUUUAGUAAAUAUUUGGAAGAUACCAGUGGUCUCUUUGCUGGGCAGGAUGCUACUUCUCUUCAUGAUGCUACUCCUCUUCAUCCUCUCUAUAAGACUAAACCAUUUCCUCCUGCUAAAUCACUGUUGUAUCCACAAAACCUCUCAUACACUGACUGUCUUACCCCUGGACCUUUUAGUCAUUUGUCCUCUAUUUCUCUGGGUGACGGACAUGUGAAUUCUCCUACUUCAUUCAGUCACAACAGAUUAUAUAAUAAGCCAAGUCAUCCAAUAGUAACUAUUCCUGAAAAUGAAGCCCUUGGUUCGAAAGAGCAAUGAUCCAAGAACAGAAGCUAAAACCCUGGAUAUGGAAGCCUUUAGGAUGCUGGUGCUAACCACUCAAGAAAUUUACAUUAUGUGUUACAGACAUCAUUUUCCCUUUAUUAACUGCAAUGCAGCAAUAGCACUCAAAAGUUUUCUGCAGACAUAGAACCUUGAAAGUAGCCUCAUAAUACUAUACGGAAAAGAGAUAUACUUCAAAAGAUGUUACUAAGCUUUAAUGCCUACCAUUAAACUGACAGUGAUACUUACAUGUCCUUAUAUUUAGACACUAAAUAAAGGCACCUCAUGUGUGAAUAAAGAAA